AUGGCGUUCCGCGCUGGGCGAAAGGACAUCCUGAGGAAAUUGGACAAAUUUCAGUUUGGAUGUAAUACAAAUUUGCUGAGUUGCAGACUGACACAUAGUGGAAAAGAUUACACUGGUAUAAAAGCAACUACAGCAACUGGCCGACGUUGUCAAUUCUGGGACACAUCAUAUCCAGUACACAAGAUAGCGCCAAAUAUAUCAGAUGAAGAUUUUCCUGAAGGGUCUCGCAAGGAUGCGAGGAAUUAUUGCCGCAAUCCAACAAAUGCUUCUCGUGGGCCCUGGUGUUACACACUUGAUUCUGAUGUUCCAUAUGAAGAGUGUGAUGUUCCCCUCUGCUCUUCCAAAGAUAGCAUGGAGUAUUACAAAUUAACAUCUGAUUUCCAGUUGAAAGAUGAUUAUGACAGACUGGAACCACAGACAUUACCAAAAACAGCUUUGCUACAAGAUUGUAAGAUGAGUGGUCUUGGCAUAGACUAUUCUGGAAAUGUUAAGAAACCAUUUUCUGGAGACAGUGGCAAGUGCUCUAAAUGGACUGAUCGUGAGCUAUUUCCUGAGGGAAGGUUUGCUGAUCGACUGUUUCCUGAGGGCUCACGAUCAAGUGCUGGUCGCUUCUGUCGUAAUCCUGAUGGUAAUCUGAGAGGUCCCUGGUGCCCGCUGGAUCGUGGCGAUGGAAGUCCUGCAAUAAGGGCACCCUGUGAGAUUCCGUUCUGCAAAGAUGUUGAUUGGUUGGAAUUCACAGCUGAAACAAAUGAGUUCACUCAGUUCACAGACCUUUCUCAGCCAAAUAAGACAUUGCCAUUGAAAACUGUCAAUCUAACAUUUGGAAUACGUCUGUGGGAUGCUGCCUCCUGGUCAAGAGCCACUGCCAAAAUACUCUUUUCACCAUUUUCAAUUCCUGGAGCAGCUCAAGAGCUGAGUAAAUUUGGUGCUGUUGAACUCACCAUAUCUAAGGACAGUUCUGGCUUUACUAAAGGAUUAGAGGAGGUGGAGCUGUGGAUGGCUAAGGGGACACCAUUUAGGUCUGAAAUUGCUGGGAGUGAUUGGCCCUGGCUUCAACUAUGGGUGCAGCAGAGUGAAAAUGUCCUUGCAAUGGGACGACAAGGUUCAGAAGAACCACUUUCUAGUGGACAAAUGUCUGAUCUUUCUGUAGACUUAGGAUUACGUUUUAUCAGCAUCUCUGGAGCUGGUAUUCUCUGGAGCUUACCUUUUACAGUUGAGGACUGCCUUCAACACAUAACAAGUGAGCUGCAGUUUACAAGAUUCUUUCGGAUGCAACAAACUCCUGGAGGCCAUGAUGUGAAAUUGCAUGUACGUGCACGUCAUUCUGCUUGUCUUCAAUUGAGAAUUGCUCCUUCGAUUAAAUACCCAAGCUUCAUGUACAUCCACUCAGAGAUGGGAAAUCUUAUUGAACAAGGUGCCAACUUUCACAGUGAAGAAGAUUUCAGAUACUCUAUGCCAAGUUGGGUGGAGAGUGCCAAAGCUAUAAGGUAUCAGACAAGAGAAGUCAGAGAUGCCCUUCUUGAGGUGAGCAACAGCAAUGUUGAAUUAAAAACAAAGAGUGAAGCACACUUGCUUGCUGUGAACAAAUUAGAAAGCUUCAAGCUUAUUGUAGGUUUUUGUCAUAUGUUUUUCUGGGUACGAAGCUGGGAUACAAAAUUGUUGCUGGAGAUUGAACAUGAGCUUAUCAAACAAUUACAGUGGUUUUCUCCAGGUUCUAAUAACUCUGUUGCACAUUGGGCAUUCUGGUGUCAUCCACAAGAUCCCCCAAGUGCUCUGCCCCCAGACUGUGUAGCAUCAAGUGUCAGUAGUGGCAGCUAUGGUGGAGGACAAUACAGUGCUUCCAGUGGUAAACCAUGCAUUUUCUGGCCAUCAGUUCCAGGAUCUGCACUGGGCCCUGACGCACGUAAUUUAUGUCGCAAUCCUGAUUCUAGUAGAAGUGGGCCCUGGUGCUAUGUUGGCAAAACUGGUUCAACAGAUUACAAGAAGGAAACAUGUGAUGUGCCUGUUUGUCUUUCAGUAGAAUGUCGUCUUGCUGGAACUGGGAAUGAUUUCAUUGGACCACUAAAUGUGACCCGUUCAGGACGACAGUGUCAGCCAUGGCUUGACAAUAAACCACACAAGGUCAAUCAGACAUAUCUAAAUGACACCCUAUUUGCUGAACGAUCUCUAAAAGAAGCAAGAAAUUACUGCAGGGAUCCAUCACGCAACAUUGGUGGACCAUGGUGUUACACAGUGGAUCCAAAACUGCCUCGUGACCUGUGCCAUGCUUAUGAUUGCGUUAUGCCUGAGGGCUGUACCAUGCUGACACAAGGAGCAGGUGCUGGCCGGGACUUGAUGAUCCUACCUCGAUGGCGGACACGAGGGUUACGCUUCUGGCUCAAGGAGUGGAACCCAGAGCGUGCAGAUGGCAUUGUCUGGCUUCUGAGAAAGGCUGGCACCAACACUACCUACCUCAGGCUUGAGCUGGGAGCUGAUAAAAAUGAAAAGAUAAAACUUUUCCUCAUCAGAGGUGAAGGCACACGUGACAUUCUUGUGGAAGAGAAAGAGCACUCACAUGUCAUCCCUAUAGGCCAGUGGGCAGGGAUGUGGCUGAAACUCUUGGCAGAAGGAGGCCUGGAGGUAGGACGUGAGGGAGCAGAGCAGCCACUAUUUGCUUGGAAGCCGAAAAAAGUUCCAGCUGCCAAUUUCUUUCCAGAGCGGGUUUCGUAUGCGAGUCUUGCUGGGCACACCAUAGGUGUGGUCUUCCCAUGUGAAGAGUGCCACGUGGAGAUCACGAACAUCCGGCGCUUCACCAAGGUGCUGCCCCUCAGCCUGUGGCGACGGGAGCCCCUGGCACAGCCUCCGAGCAAUCUGACGUUGUACAUGCGCGGAUACGGCGCGGUCCUCGUGCCACUCAUCAUGCAGCCCGGAGAGGGCGACUACCACGCCGUCACGCUAGGGGAGGGCAGGGGCGCGGACCGCAUCUACCUCCUGCGGCAGAGGGCCGGCAACCUCUCAGAGGUGGGCAAGGUGCGUCUCCCACAGCCCAUCUUCUCCAAGGACAAGUGGACAAAGAUUAUCAUCAGGUGGACAGAGACGAAGCUGUUGGUGUGGUGGAAUGGGCUGCUGUUCCUGGCAGUGGACACCAAGGAGCCACUUGUGGCGUACUUUUUUAGCGUGGGCAUUGAGGAUGGGGAGAUGAUGUGGACCGCAAACUGCGAACCUCCAGAUGUGGACAGUCCAGCCGUGGACGGCGGAUGGUCAGAGUGGGGGCCGGCCACGUCGUGCAGCGCCACGUGCGGGGGCGGCUGGGGGCUGCGCAAGAGGCGCUGCGACAACCCGCCGCCCACACUGAAGGGCCGCGACUGCGAGGGCGACGACACCAUGGACGAGCAGUGCAACACCUUCCCCUGCGGACAGCUAGCUCCAGGUACGGACGAGGUGGUUCGGAGGAUGCUGCGGCGGCAGCAUGCGGCCACGGAGGCAGACGAGGGCGACAACGUGACUCUGGCGUGUGCCCGGCCCGCAUUGCUGGCGCGCGUGAUGCAGGAGGCGCCAGAGGCCGUUCUCUUCUGGGAGCACCAGGGCCGCCGCGUCCAGGGACACGUGCUCACAGACCUCGGUGGAGACAUUCGAUGUGAUUGUGGACAAGUCCUCUGCUGGAGAGUGGAAGUGUGUUGUGGAGCAGCAAGAGCUAGGGUUUCGCUGGACAACCAACUGGCUAAGAAUUACAGUUUUUAUUCCAUCCUGGAUUUUCCACUGUUUGAGAAAAUGCAAUAAGGCUUACAACAUGUUUGAGACUGCUCACAGCUAAGUAUUUUAACUGGAAGACACACAUAGAUCUACUGAAAUGUUUGAGAUUGCACAGGCUAAGUAUUUUUAUUUGGAGCCACACUUAGAUCCACUGAAAUGCAUAAGUUCAGUGAAUUUAUGGUGGAUCGUGCACCAACUUUCUUCAGCCGUGUGGCGGAUGACCUGGGGAUGAGUGAAAGUGUUUUGGCCAUUGUUAUCAUCUUCGUUGUCAUGAUCACAGUGCUGCUUGCCUUUGGGGGAGCUGUAGUCUAUCUAAGGUUCCUGCGACUGCCAAUGCCAGUGACAAGCCCCUGAGAAUUACUAAGGAUCUACUAUCAACUGCAUAGAAGUGUUUUAGUGCUCACUGAGCAAACUUCAUACCUGUUACAUCAUUGAUGCAAAUAUAUUUUUAUUGUAUUGCUCUUCUUUUCCUUUUAUAUUCAUUAACUUAGUGUUAAAACUCUGUGUAAGUAAUAAAAACACUGUAUUAUCUGAAUGGCAGUUAUUGAUGGAUGAUUAACAUAGUUUACAUAAAUAUUCUUUAUUAUAAAAUACACUAUCCCUCAUUUUAAAAAACUAAGAAAUGAAAAUAAAUAGUAUACAGUAAAAAUAGGUUAUGGAGUAAAUGGUUUAUUUAGUUUCAGCAUCUACAUCUAUACACUAAAAAGCUGCAAAAUGUGUAACUAAGGUUUGUUCCUAUUCCAUUCACAAUGGAGCACGAGAAGAAAAACUCUUUAUAUCCUCCUGCGCAAGUUGCUUUUAGCUUCAUUUGAUCUCAAUAGUCCCCAUGGGAACAAUUUCUGUGGGGCUGAAGAGUAUUGGUAGAUUCAAUCCUGGAAAUUAGGUUUUGGAAUAUUUCAGAAUUGGCUUAUGAAAGACUUUAGGUGUCUUUGAGUAACAGCCACUUUGGGCUGUCAACAUGAUUGUGAUGCUUUCCAGUAAGUUUGGCUAUGACCAUUUACAAUACAUUUAGUUUGAUGCUUGGUGUUCCUUCACAAUCAGCAAACACUUUACAAGUGUUACAAAUGCAACACAAUUAAUUGGUAUUUCUAAGAUAGUCUUAUUUCUAUAAAUCUAUAAAGAAUCACAGAAGUUUUCUUUUCUAAUGGACCCACAGCAUCCUUUAAGUUAGUGAAUGACAUAAAAUAAAUAUACUCAGGUUUCUGCUGCACAAUGACUUCAUUAAGUUGUUGUCUACAAUGACUAUUCUUUCAGCUAUUGUGCCAUUUUCAAGUGAUCGUACAAUGUUAAUGAUGGUCCAAUUUUUGUAUAAAAGUAUAGAAGUAUACUCUGGAUGGCUUACAUCUAUGCUUGUAAUUAUUUGCCUUAAGUUUUAGAUGUCACAAUAUAACAUCCUGGAGUGAUUUGCAGGAAUUAUUUUCAGUUUUUGUGUACUUGGAAUUUGUCAGAAAUUUACAUA